UCGGUUUGCUUUCUUGGCUACGUUUCUCAUCCUCUCUCUACCCAGCGUUCUUCACAGUUGUCUCAGGGUUUCAGCAGCUCAAUAUUUCUCGGCAAGUUUUUAUCUUUUUGUUCUGUUAAUUACAAGUGAAUUUAAUUUUUUUUAUUACAAGUUGUUGCCUUGAGUGUUGGGAAUUGUCUGAUUGAGGAAUUUUGAAGUGAUAGAAUAAAAGGGUGGCUUUGAUUUUGGUUUUGAGGUGAUUGCUGAGAAAUUUGUUGGUUUUGGAUAUGUUGGCAGCUCCUGUUUGGAUCCGUGGAUGUCUUGGUGUAUUGUUUUUGGGCUCUUGGGCCGCACAGAGAGGACGAGUAGGUGAAAUUUGACCGAGGGUUGAUUGUUUUUAGAGUGUUUUGGAUGAUAAUUUCAGAGUAGAUCGAUCUUUUGGGUUCUUGUCUGAUUUCCGUACUUGGGUCUGAUUGAAUUGGAAUCUUGUGGGUCUUUUAAAUUUGAUGAAUGGAUGCUAAAUUUGGAGGUAAGGCUCAUCAUUUAUAUGGUUCAGUGGUACCGGAAUUGAAGGCAGUUGGGAAAAGGAGUUUAGAAUGGGAUUUGAAUGACUGGAGAUGGGAUGGUGAUCUUUUUACAGCUACUCCAUUGAAUUCAGUGCCAUCAGAUUGUAGGAGUAGACAGUUUUUCCCUACUGAGCCUGAAGUUCAUGCCAAUGCUGGUUUGUCAAACAGUUCGUCUUCUUGUUCAGAUGAUAACAAUCCUAGGAAUGAGAAAGGGAAGAGGGAGUUGGAGAAGAGGCGGAGGGUUGUGGUUGUUGAAGAUGAGGAUGUAAAUGAUGAAGCUGGCUCUCUUAAUUUUAAGCUAGGUGGUAACAUUUACCCUAUCACAGAUGGAGAUGGAAAGAGUGGGAAGAAGACUAAGGUCACAGGGAUUGCUUCAAAUCGUGCAGUUUGUCAGGUGGAGGACUGCAGGGCUGAUCUUAGCAAUGCAAAGGAUUAUCACCGAAGGCAUAAGGUUUGUGAGAUGCAUUCAAAAGUGAGUGAAGCACUGGUGGGAAAUGUGAUGCAGCGGUUCUGCCAGCAAUGUAGCAGGUUUCAUGUUCUUCAAGAGUUUGAUGAAGGGAAGAGGAGUUGUCGCAGGCGUUUGGCAGGGCAUAACAAACGUAGGAGAAAAACACAUCCGGAUAAUGGAGCAAAUGGAGGCUCCCUGAAUGAUGAAAGGAGUAGUAGUUAUCUGUUGUUAAGUCUGUUGAGGAUUCUCUCCAACAUGCAUUCAAAUAACUCUGAUCAAACGAAGGAUCGAGAUCACGAUCUGCUUUCUCAUCUCUUGGGGAGUCUGGCUAGUCUUGCUGACCCAGCUAACGGGAGGAACUUAUCUGGAUUAAUUCAAGGCUCUCAAGGUACGAUGGUUGCAGGGACGUCACUUGGGAAUCUUGAAAAGGUGAAAGAUGUGGUUCCUAAUUGCACUGAACCCUCUAAGGCUUCUGGUUCAGCCUGUAAAAUAGAUGAAUGUGCUAAAAUCCCAGACCGUCUGAGGCCUAUGGGUCAAGGUGGGAAUGUACCUGAUCCUGAAGCAGCACAGAGAAUAAAACUCACUGAUAAUUCCCAAGAUGGAAGGCUACUAGCAACAUCCAGUUCACCAUCAACAAUACCCAUUCCAUCAGAAGGGAGCCUUCCAGCUAGAUCAAUUGAAGCAGGGGUUACAAUUGAAGGGAUCAGAAUGAAUAAUAUUGACUUGAAUAAUGCUUAUGACGAUUCACAAGACAAUGUAGAGAACUUACAGAUAUCUCAUAACCUAAAAAAUCUUGGAAAUGGGUCCUUAUACAGGUCUUCGUGGAUAAAUCCAGAGUCACACAAAUUGAGUCCACCACAGUUGAGUCAGAACUCCAAUUCAACUUCCAGCCAAUCACCAUCUAGUUCCAGUGGAGAAGUCCAGUGUCGGACGGAUCGAAUUGUUUUUAAGCUCUUUGGGAAAGACCCUAGUGAUUUCCCCAUUGCUUUGCGGAGACAGAUCGUUGAUUGGUUGUCCCAUAGUCCCACGGACAUUGAGAGCUACAUAAGGCCUGGCUGUAUUAUAUUGACAAUAUAUCUUCGCUUAGGCAACCCAUUGUGGGAAGAGCUAUGCUUUGAUCUGGGAUACAGUUUGAGAAGGCUAGUUGAUGGGUCCAACGAUUCUUUUUGGAGAACAGGAUGGGUGUAUGCUAGGGUGCAGAACUCAGUAGCCUUUAUCUAUAAUGGUCAAGUUGUUUUAGACACCCCCUUACCUCUAAAAAGCCAUAAAAAUUGCAGGAUCUCAAGCAUCAAACCAAUUGCAGUUCCAGUGUCAGAUACAACUAAAAUUGUAGUUAAAGGCUUUAACCUUAACCAGUCCACCACGAGGUUACUCUGCGCAAUAGAAGGAAAAUAUCCAAUGCAGGAAACUUGUUACGAUUUGAUUGAGGGUGUUGAUGUGGUCAAUGAGCAUGAUGAGCUCCAAUGCCUGAGCUUCCCUUGCUCGAUACCAAAUGUAUCUGGAAGAGGAUUCAUUGAGGUUGAAGAUGAUGGACUCAGCAGCAGCUUCUUUCCAUUUAUAGUUGCAGAGCAGGAAGUCUGUUUUGAGAUUUGCACCCUAGAGGGUGCAAUAGAGGCAGCUGAAGCUGCUGUUGACAUUCAGAAAAAACCUGAGAAUUUAGAAGCGAAGAAUCAGGCACUGGACUUUUUACACGAAAUGGGUUGGCUUCUUCAUAGAAGUCACUUAAAGAGCAGGCUGGGUCACUUGGAUCGCAGUUCAUAUCUCUUUCCUUUCAGGAGGUUCAAGUGGCUUAUGGAAUUCUCCAUGGACCAUGACUGGUGUUCUGUAGUAAAGAAACUACUGGGGAUUCUGUUUGAUGGAACAGUUGAUUUGGGGGAUCACACCUCUAUUGAGUUAGCAUUGUUGGAUUUGAGUCUCCUUCACAGAGCUGUCAGACAAAAUUGCAGGCCCAUGGUGGAACUACUUUUAAGAUACGUCCCUAGUAAUGUAUCAGGGCAGAAGAAAGUGGAAGGUGGCUGCAACAAGUUCAUAUUUAAACCCAAUAUUGCUGGGCCAGCUGGGUUGACUCCUCUUCAUAUCGCAGCUAGUACAGAAGGCUCUGAGAAUGUCCUAGAUGCCUUAACUGAUGAUCCUGGAUCGGUUGGAAUUGAAGCAUGGAAAAGUGCUCGUGACGGUACAGGUUUGACACCUAAUGAUUAUGCAAGCCUCCGGGGCCAUUACUCCUACAUACAUCUAGUCCAGGGGAAAAUAAACAAGAAAUCAGAACAUGGACAUGUGGUGGUGGAUAUUCCCAGAACCCUUUUAGAUAACAACUCAAAGUUGAAACUCCCAGGUAAGCCUAAAUCAGCAAGAGUAGUUAGUUUGCAAACAGAGAAAAUCGAAGAGAUGAGGGGAAUCCACCACAACUGCAAGGCAUGUGAACGAAAGCUUGCUUAUGGACACCAUGGAACAUCCCUUGUAUACAGACCAGCAAUGCUGUCGAUGGUGAUCAUUGCUGCUGUGUGUGUGUGCAUGGCCCUGCUCUUCAAGAGCCAACCUCAAGUCCUUUACGUAUUCCAGCCAUUCAGGUGGGAAGCUCUCAAAUAUGGGUUUAUGUAAGGUAAAUAGCAUAUCAUGGUUAUUAGUUCCAGGAAUUAUUUCCCAUCCGAACCAUUAUCUUACCUUUAUAAGAAUGUACAAGUGCUGCCGAUUUGUAUGGAGAUAAAUCCAAGUCGGAAAUAUUCAAUUUAUGUAUCUGUUCCACUUCCAGUAAUACCAUAUAUUAGAGGAAAUGUGCAAAUGUAUAAUUGCCAUUGCCAUUAGCAUGCAAAUGCUCUAGAACUAGUUCUAGACACCUUCAUAUUGUUACAAAACUCAAGAAGAAGAAGUCUAGAAUAUAUGUGGGAAUCGAUCAAAUUCAUUAAACGUUACUCGAGCCU